AAUCAAAAGGAUUGGUGUGCACACAUUUAAAUCGGUUUCAUUAAGUGCGACGACGACAAACACAAAAUAUCAAUGUUUUAAUAUAAGAAACAGGCAAGAGAGAGAGAGCGACAUAUUAACACGAAUUGCUUGUAUCAGUUGGCUCGGUCAGCCUUUUCUGUUUCGGAAAACGGUUAAGGCGAGCAAUUGCAACUGAUGCAAUUCAGCAGCAAAUUUAGUUAGAAGUGUUUAACUGAUGUUUAUUGACUAAGUGGGGAGUGUGUUGCUGGCGCGUCGCUUAAGAAGUAAUAUAAAGGAAGAUAUGUCUCCAAAGUGUUCCAAUGUGACAUCGCGUAAAUAUCCAUUCGAAAAUAUGCGUUUGGAUGACCAUACAGUUCUGGAUACCAUCGAAGGCCGCCAUGAUUGCUUGCACUGUCAUCGCUCCAGAAAAUUUUUUUGCUACAAUUGUUAUAUACCAAUACCAAAUAUAGCUGACCUUAUUCCCAAAGUAAGUUUGCCCAUCGAUAUUGAUAUUAUAAAACAUAAGAAGGAAAUUGAUGGAAAAAGUACCGCAAUUCACGCGGCCGUGUUGUCACCACAAAAUGUGCGAAUAUAUACAUAUCCCAACAUACCAGAUUACCAGAAAGAUCGAGAAGAUGUCAUAUUAAUAUUUCCAAGUGCUCAAAGCAUAACGGUACCGCAAUUAUUUGAACGUAAAGUAAAAAUAUACAACGAGCACACUUUCGCUUAUCACAAAGGGUACAAUGUGGGCACACUUUUAAAAAGCCGAAUGAAGGAAAUUAUUGAGGAUGACAGUGUACAAUCUAGAUUAGAGUAUUUGCCACUAAAGAAAGCAAUUUUCAUAGAUAGCACUUGGAACCAAUCAAGAAGUAUUUACAAAGAUGAACGUAUCAAGUGUUUAAAGUCUGUGGUUCUGCAAAACCGCUCUUCACAAUUUUGGAGACAUCAAAAGAAUAGUCCACGUUGGUAUCUCGCCACUAUUGAAGCUAUACAUCAAUUUUUAUUGGAAUUGCAUAUUAAUGCGUGGGGACUGAAUUCUAAGUAUAAAGGCUUGGAGAAUUUGGAAAUAGAUGAUAACUUGUAUAAAAUUGCCCAAAUAAUAGAAACAGGGAUAAAUAAUGUAGAACCAACAGCUCCUUAUAAUGGUCAAUAUGAUAAUUUAAUGUAUUUUUUCGCAAACAUGUAUAAUUUAAUACACAAAUAUUAUGAUCACAAUGAAUUAAAAUCGUACCGAAGACCGAUAUGAAAAAUU